AUGCCGACUCUCCACGAGACGAUCGAGCCCGAGAAGCGCGUCCGCCGCAUCACCGUGCUCAUCAGUGGCAGUGGCUCCAACCUCCAGGCUCUCCUCGACUCCUCGCUGACCGAGCGCCUCCCGAAUGCGCAGGUGACGUUCGUCCUCUCCUCGCGCUCGAACGCGUACGGCCUUGAGCGUGCGAAGAACAACUCGCCGCAGGUCCCGACAGCCGUGUGCGCGCUGAAGACCUUCCUGAACCGCAACCCUGGCUCUGAGCGGACAGACUACGACGCCGAGGUCGCCCGCCUCGUCCUCGAGAGCAAGCCGGACCUCGUUGUGCUCGCGGGAUGGAUGCACAUCCUGUCCGACGCCUUCCUCGACAUUCUCGACGGCCGCGCCGCUCCCCCGGCCAAGCCUGCUCUUCCCCCGCCUCUCCCGUCUGCCGCGGCUGACGCUGAGAAGUCCCACGUCAAGGCUUCCGAGCUGCAGCAGUCCGAGACGAGGCCGAGCCUGCCCCCGCCGCCCGUCCACCAGCACUUCCCGAUCCCGUGCAUCAACCUUCACCCGGCGCUUCCUGGCGCUUUCGACGGCGCCAACGCCAUCGGCCGUGCCUUCGAGGCUGGACAAAAGGGAGACAUCGAGAAGACUGGCGUCAUGGUCCACCGCGUCAUCCGCGAGGUUGACCGCGGAGAGCCCCUUGUCGUCCGCGAGAUCCCGAUCCGCAAGGAGGAGACUCUCGAGCAGCUCGAGGAGCGUAUCCACGAGGUCGAGCACCAGAUCAUUGUCGAGGGUGCCAAGCUCGUGCUUGAGGAGCUCGAGAAGGAGGAGGCCCAGGAGGCGGCCGAAUUGACGGACAAGAUCAACAAGCUCGACGUCAAGGAGGAGGAGGAGAAGGCUUAA